ACCAGCAGCAGUCUCGGUGCAGAAGCCGCGCUACUUUGUUGUAUUUCUGCGAGCUCUUUAACCAAGUUCGUUUUCACUUUUACGCCGGCACGUUAUUACGCGAGGGGCAAAUUUUCCUUUCCUUUCGUCACUCGCAAGAGAUGAAUGGUUAAUGAGCAGCUCCGGUGAAAACAAACAGAGGGAUGUUGCUCUUGGCGUACAAAACUCUCAAGAAAGAGUUCAGCAAAGAGUAUAGGAGCUUCAAUUGUGCAGACCCAACUCUGUUUCAGCAAAGCCAGUGGCAAAACGAUGGGCGCAGGAGGACUUGGUACGUUUGCUACAAAUGGCUGGUGUGCAUUUAUCUCCUCUAUGGGCUCAUUUUCGACUGGACCCUUUAUGAGUUCAAUGAGACCAAUUGCAAGGGCAGCAAGAUUGAGUGCCGGCUCAAGUGGUUCGUCUAUUGCACCAGUUGGGCCUAUCUUUUGCUCACCUGCCAGGCUCUGAUGGCCGCCUACCUAGCCACGACUCAGCCUGCAGCCUCUGCAAGAAGUCCGUUUUCAACAUUCCACAAAAUAUACUGGAUGGUAAAUAAUAUGGCCAGCGCCGUUUCCUUGAACGUUACUCUUGUCUACUGGACGUUGGUGUAUUCGCCAGAUAAACCUAUUGACUUCAGCAACGUCAAGGGCCAUGUGACCAACAGCUUGUUGGUGCUGUUGGACUUGAUGGUGGUGGCGCAGCCGGUGCGACUUCUGCACGCCGUCCUGCCGAUGACUGUGGGCCUGGUUUACGCCUCCUUCACGGUGGUUUUUUUCUACAUGGGCGGCACCAACAGGCAGCUCGAGGAGGCCAUUUACCCGCACUUCAACUGGCGCUGGCCGCCGACGGCCGCCUUUGUGGGCGCCUGCUGCGAGGCCGGCAUUCUGCUGAUGCAUGUGUUGGUUUGGUGCGUGUUUUUGGCGCGACGAAAAACUGCUGCGCUCGUAAUCAGGAAAAACGGCAGUGACGAAAACGAGGACAUUGUAUGAGAGAUAAUGAAAAUUAUGGGAUUUCCUGAUUUGAAAUGAAUAAAUUUUCAAGAGAAGCAAUUUCCACGUGACCAAGAAUAUAGAUAUUGACUUACUUAAUAUAUAUAUAGAUCAUAUUAUAGAAUAAAAUGUUUUGAUGAAUGUACGACCCUUCGAAAUUGAGUUAAAAUUUGCUCACAAUAUAUUGUGUAAUAAAAACGAUUAAAAAUGAACAGUUUUUUAAU